AUGUGUAACCCAAUUGUUGAAAAGUUAAACCACAGAUGAUGCACUUUGGUGGUUCUCAUGGCCUGCCACCAUCUGCAUAGUGCGACUGCGACUGCAACUGCGUCUCACAUUUGCAGAAAUUUCUUGGGAUACAUUUUCACCUCCAGAUAUGCUUCUCCUCUUCGUUCCUCUUCUUCUUCUUUGAAGAUACAGUCUCUCCUUCACCAUUCUUUUCCUUCUUUCUCCCUUCUGCAAUCCCCCAAGGGUUACUGUAGUUCAUCCGGAGGUGUAAAUGCUGCCAAUCCUGUAGAUAGCAAUGCAACUUAUCAUGGUAGUAGUUCUGCAUCUUCUAAAAGCCAGCAAAUGCUGCAAUUUCAAGAUUCAUUGCCAAAUUCGCUCUUGCACAAAGAAGAAAUUGGAAUUGAUAGUCCUUCAGAUGCUAGAGUCAUGCUCAUUGAUGGCACAUCAAUCAUUUAUAGAGCAUAUUACAAGCUUUUGGCAAAGUUGCAUCAUGGCUAUUUAUCACAUGCGGAUGGCAAUGGAGAUUGGGUUCUGACAAUAUUUACUGCCUUAUCCCUUAUUGUUGAUGUUCUUGAGUUCAUGCCUUCUCAUGUGGCGGUUGUGUUCGACCAUGAUGGACAUCCAAAUGGUCAUACUUGUAUUUCAUCCAAUGAAAAUUUCAUGGCAAAAGGAUCAACUUUUCGUCACAAUAUUUACCCAGCAUACAAGAGUAACAGGCCACCUACACCUGAUACCAUAGUUCAGGGGCUCCAAUACCUUAAGGCAUCCAUAAAGUCUAUGUCCGUUAAGGUGAUUGAGGUACCUGGAGUGGAAGCUGAUGAUGUAAUUGGCACAUUGGCUUUGAGAAGUGUUGCCACUGGGUGUAAGGUUCGUGUUGUCUCUCCAGACAAAGACUUCUUCCAGAUUCUCUCUCCUUCAUUACGUCUCUUACGAAUAGCUCCACGCGGGUUUGAGAUGGUUUCUUUUGGGUUGGAGGAUUUUGCCGAAAAAUAUGGAGCUCUAGAACCUUCUCAGUUUGUUGAUGUGAUCUCUUUAGUCGGUGACAAAUCUGAUAAUAUUCCAGGAGUUGAUGGAAUUGGAAAUGUCAAUGCUGUGCAACUUAUCACUAGAUUUGGCACGUUAGAAAAUUUGUUGCAACAUGUUGAUCAAGUGGAAGAUGAACGUAUUAGGAAGAUGUUGGUAACAAAUGCUGGACAAGCUAUCUUGAGCAAGAACUUGGCAAUCUUGCGAUCCGAUCUUCCGCUCUAUAUGGUACCAUUUACCACCAGAGAUCUUUUGUUCAAGAAACCAGAGGACAAUGGGGAGAAAUUCACGAGCCUCAUGACUGCUAUUGGUGCAUAUGCAGAAGGAUUCUCAGCUGAUCCAAUCAUCAGAAGAGUACUCUACUUGUGGAAGAAGCUUGAAAAGAAUUAGUAAUUGAUCUCAAUUUGCUCAUUUUGUUUGUCUACUCUUUGCAACUAAAUUGUGUUUUGCUGUAUAGUUUUUAGAUAUUAGUAGAGCUUAGAAACCACAUUAUUCAAUACUAUUAUCACAGAAAAUUUCAGCUUAAGAACUUAUUGUUUUUUUAGUUGGAAUUUGAACCUCUGAUCUUUUGGUCGAUGAGUAGAUUCUUGCCUUCUCCAUUUGGUGCAAAUCGGAUUUAUCUGAACUCCAACAAUUUCGAUUGAUUCUUAAGAAGAUGGAGGUAUUUUACAAUACUGAAAGAAGGGUCUUUUAGUGCAUAUGAGUUAGUCAUUUAUGUAUUUUAUGAUUUGUAAAAAUAAAUUUGCAAUCACAAGACUGCAUUUGACGCUCUUGCUAACAAAUACGACUUAAUAAGAUCAAGGGUUAAAAUAUUUUUCGAGAUGUCGA